AUGGCAUGGGAGCUCAUUGAGGUCCCGGGCAUCCUGAAUCCCUCUCUCCAAGACUCUACAGUUGAUGUGGUGGCCGCCAAGAUUGAUCCCAAGCUAGCCAAUACUCUCAUUAGGCAGUUAAGCCAGGUAUGCCCUUUGGAGAAUCUGAGGCAUGUAAAGCGUGUACGUCGACGUACUGAAUGUGGUGGAAAAUCUGAGUUAUCAAUAAUCCUAUGUGUUUCUACUGGGUCUGAACCUUGUAGCAUACAGUUUUCUGAAGAUCUACAAAAGAUAGUGGAUACUUAUCAGCUGAGUCCUUUCACUGCAAAAGUUGCCAAGUGUUGUGCUACAUCAAAAGAGGAGUGGGAGGAACAGUGCAAACUUUGGCCAACAUCUUACCAUCCUGCAUUUGACCUUGAUAUUGUCCGUGGAUUUCAAGAGGAGGAAUUACCAUCAAUAUUUAAUUGCAUGAAGACUGCUUUUCAGUUAUCAAAGGCGGGCAAUGCUGCAAUAAUUGUUGAUCCAUCAAGCAUGCAAAUAAUUGCAAAGGCCACGGACCAGACACACAAGCAUGAUAUGCCUGUAGAAGGGAACGCGUUUUCUGAAGUGAAAGCAGAUGUUACCUGCUCUUUGAAUGAAGCAACUGAUAAUGACAGCAAUUUGUCACUGCCAGGAUCCUUUCUUCCUAAACGUAACAGUUUGAACAUGGAAAUCUCAUGUAUAAAUCCUUGGGGAUGGAUGAGAAAAAGGACUUGUGAGCAGAAGCCAUUGCCCUGUGAUGGCUGUUUUGCAUGGCAUCCACUGAGACAUGCUCCCAUGGUUGCCAUUGAAAAUGCUGCUGAGAGGGAUAGAACGAUGUUCCCUUCUUCGACUUCAAUAACCAAGCCAGAUUCAAAUGGCAAUCCAGAGAACUGUUGUGAUAAUGAACCAGCAAAAAGGCUAAAGACGGAUACAAAAGAUAAUGAGCAACUGGCAUCUGAAUCAUUCUGCGGUGACUUGUCUGAAACCAGCAGACCAUAUCUCUGUACAGGAUUUGAUAUCUACCUUGUUUGGGAACCAUGCACAAUGUGUGCAAUGGCACUUGUACAUCAUAGAUUCAAGCGUGUAUUCUACGCUUUCCCCAAUCCUGUUACUGGAGCACUAGGUGGAGUCUCCAGGUUGCAUGGGGAGAAAAGUCUAAAUCAUCACUACAAUGUAUUUAGGGUUUCAGUACCUGAGGCAUACACGAAUGGUUUGAAUUAUUGUUCGAAGGAAUGCUGA